UGAGAGACGUCAGGGACAGAGAGACCACCAUUACAAUUACAUUUUCUGACAUACAGAGACUGUGUGCAGAAUCAGAUCGCUGCUUUGUAGUAACCAGAUUUUGAAUAAAGAGGAAGAACAUAUUUUCAGCGGCCAAUGACUCUGGUGCCCUCUGUUGGUUCCCUGCAUACUGCACGAAAAAAAUAAAACCAUCCAGAGGAAUUGAAUAGUCUAUAAAUAACAAACAUAUGUACAAACACACACAAAGAUUGCAGAUGGGAUGCAGCACACGAAAUUGAUUUGCUGAGCUCCAAAUGUUCUUACCAUUCCAUGUGACCCAAUGACUCGUGAGAGGUGUUUUACGCACGGGUGCCGCGCGGACGCUGGUGAACAACACAGAGCAAAGGAGAAUGCGACAGUGAUGGACCAAAGACUUGCACCAAAUGUUGUGUCGUAAAACAUAGGCUGGACUCACCGACAGGUCCAGGAAACAGACUUCAUCUUGCCACUUGUGGAUAAGUGUCCAAGUCAGACAUGCAUGCACUGUCUAAUAUGGAAUGAGCGCAGUCAGUCUAAUUAUUCAGAAGUAAGUUGUCUGCACUUAUAGUUAACGCGUUUGCAUAACAUUUACUGUAGUCAUGUAUUCUCAGUCAUAUGCUGCCGCGUCUCUGGAUUUUAUUCUACAAGAGACCGAGACUUUUUCGGGCAAUGGGAUUCACCGUGGACAAGAAGAGAGAUUUUAACAGUUUUUCCGUUGGAUUCAUGGAAAGUCGGAACUCCCAAUAUGUUAUUCAUCAAUGCAGCCAGAAGCUAUAUAAGGAAAAUUGCUGUGGAGCAUCCAACUGAUCUCGUUGUCAAAAUGAGACAUCUACUCCGCUCAAAGCAUGUGUUCCUCCUAGCCAUAUGUGUGACUGUGGGGCUCCUCACCUUUUAUCACUUUCUGUUCUGGACAAGCGCAUCAGCAAAGCAAGAUGACGGUGAACGGUCUGAGUCCACCCAUAGGCCUACCGAAAUUAGGUAUUUUCCUGUGAUCCACAAGUGUCCUUUCCCCCGAGGGGAGAAACUCAGACCAGAUGAUCAUAUCGACAACUCACUAGACCUCUGGUCGAGACAGGAUGUUGAAACAUGCACACCGUGGAGGGCACCGAUAAUGUGGGAUGAGAUGUUCCAGAGUGAUGUCUAUGAGAAAUACUACUCGGAAAAGGGAACAUCAGUUGCUCUAACAGUGUUUGCUGUUGGGAGAUACUUGGAGAUCUACUUGGCGGAUUUCCUGACGUCAGCAGAGCAGCACUUCAUGGUGGGCUUGCCGGUGGACUACUACGUCUUCACGGACGUCCCGACCAACGUUCCCUCGAUCCAGCUGGCCCCGAAACGGACCCUUCAGGUCAUCGGUGUAAAGAAAUACACGCGCUGGCAGGACAUCUCCAUGAUGCGCAUGGAAACCCUUACAGAGACUAUCGAGAACCUCAUCAGCAAGCGUAAUGAGUACGUGUUCUGCUUGGACGUUGACCAGUUCUUUGUUGGGCCGUUUGGCUGCGAGGCUCUCGGGGAUUCGGUGGCCCAGCUGCAUGCCCAUUACUACAAGAAGGACGCGCCGUUCACCUACGACCGAAACCCCAAAUCCAUGGCUUACAUGGAGGAAGGAGACUACUACUACCACGCCGCAAUCUUCGGUGGCACCUGGCAAAGUGUGAAGAACAUCACACAGAGCUGCCUCCAGGGGAUCGAGACGGAUAAGGAGAACGGAGUCGAGGCCCUCUGGCACGACGAGAGUCACCUGAAUAAAUACUUCUUUCUUCACAAGCCGAGCAAACUGCUCUCACCAGAGUACUGCUGGGCAAAUGAAAUUGGCUACCGUUCCGACGUGCACGUCCGCAGACUCAUCUGGGCCGAGAAGCACUACAAUGCUCUCAGAGACCCGCAGAGAUAGACUUAGGCGUCAAACAUACCAAAGCCGAACGGAACGGACGCGGUCUUUCUGCUUAGUUUCGGCCGGUGUGUUCUACUCUGCCUUUCACACUGACAGCGUCGGCGUGCAUGGCCAGUCCUGUUCAAAACCCCCCACACCCAAAGCUAGCGUGCUACUUUGCCAUUCAUUUAAAUGAGAUACCGCCGAUCGCCGGCGAGAAAAAUACGCUCGAGUUCUAUUUUCCAAAUGCAGCGCUGACGCCCGACUACGGUCGGUUGGUGUGUAAGGACAGAUAUGUUUCCAUGUAGGCCUAUUUUCACAGACGCCGGUAAAAAUCGCGUGCGUCACACGCCGCUUUACCGCCCUUGUGUGUAAGACCCCUUAGGGUAGGGUAGGCAUCCAAGACUUGUGCUUGUGGCCGUCACUGCGCUUCACUGAUGCCCUGCCUCUUUCCCCUCUGACUCAUCUGGGCUGAGAAUAGUGGUGGACAAAGUAAAAGUAAAAGUAAAAAAAGAAACACAGUUUUCUUCCAACACAAGUAACUGAGUAAAAAGUAGACUAAUGUACUUGUCUUACGAUAAGCUGAUUCUGCACAGGUUGGAUUGAGUUUGUAGUGGGUCCUUGUUAGGUUUUUAAUGUUUUUCAGUAAUAACACAGUUUAUCUCAUUAUUAGGUAGAUACAAAGGAAUAAACGGUGUAACAGCUAUGUAGUAUCAUGUGCUACUGUCGUAAUUACACCAAAAAAGUACUUUUAGUUUUACUUUGUCCACCACUGGCUGAGAAGCACUACGAUGCUCUCAGGGACCCGCAGAGAUAGACUUAUGGUAGGGUAGGCAUCCUCGACCUGUGCUUGUGGGGCUUGCGCUUCGCUGAUGCCCUGCCCGCCUCUGUGGAGAGAACAAUUACGUUUCCCCGCUGACUGAUCUGGGCUGAGAAGCACUACAAUGCUCUCAGGCAGAGUUGCCAGAUGUGUCUGAUCAAAUCCCGUCCAAAAGGUGCUCAAAAACCGCCAAGAGGCACCAAAUUCCGCCCAAUUGAAAAGAAUUACAUUGAUGUCUAUUGGGCAUAAAACGGCAGAAAAAAAACGCAAAAUGGACGAUUUUUCCCGUUUUUACCCGCAGACGGCGACUAAUUAUGGUGAUGAUACACAGGAAAACUUUUUGAGUAACUAUUGUUAAACUAUUGAUUUUACUUUUUUUCUAGAAGUUGUAGAAUCCCAGGUAGCACUCCAACUGAACUUGAUUCUCUUUUGAUUUUAGAUUUUAUUUGUACAGUUUAUCACUAUCACACUUUUAUCAGGAGAACAUGGAUCAGCAGUGGACAAAUUUUCUCAAUCAUCUUUAUCAGAAAAUUAGGAAUGUUGCCCACAAAGUUGCCCUGUGGAUCAUCACAUUCAGGGUAGUCCUACAUCGCAUUAUCCUAUCUGCCAUCCAUCCUCGAUCUGUGCUUGUGGCCUCACGCUUUGCUGAUGCCCCACCUCUGUGGAGAAAACAAUAAAGCUUCCCUGUUGUCAGCCUAACUUUCGAGGGACUUUAACCCAUUCAACAUCCCGAUUGCAAAUGAGAAAAUUACAUUUGAAUUGCGCUUUUGUGAGAUAUUGAAUUAAACUUCUGUCGUCAAUGACGUCUUGUGGCGUCAUCAUCACGAGGCCACAAGCACAAUGGAGGACGGGAGUCAGGGUAAAUGGAAAAAAUCUAAGAGUCCUAAUCAAUGUCUUUCCUCCAUGUCGUUUCCUCUGGUCUAGUGCCUUGGUGCCACCUGGCCCCUCCUGUGGAGAAAGCUAUAAGGUGACUUCCGAUAUACUGACUGCAAAUGAGAGAAUAAUUCAGAAUUGAAUUGAAUGUUUGUGAUAUACUGUAAACAUCUUAGCAUAUUGAGAUGUCAUGUGUGAUUUAUUGCCCUGGUCCUGGUGGACUGUUGAUGAAUGUGGCCUGGCCUUCAGUGGUGUAGUCUACGUAGAACGGAGUAUACCCACUUCUAAAUUUCAGGGAUUUCAGUAUACCCACUUAAAAUUGAUUGAUCCAUUGUUUUGAAUAGCACAAAUAUAUACAGUAUACCCAUUUCAAAAAAUGCUCAAAUAUACAGUAUACCCACCAUAAAAAGUAGACUACACCACUGCUGGCCUUGUCCUGGUUAUAAGGUGGAGGAAAUGAUAGGAGGAAUGAAACUGAUUUGUAGUAGUCCUCCUUAUGCCUAUUGGGUAACACAGCGCCAAUUCCUGCUGCAAAAAAAACCCUUUUCUGCAAAUGUUUGAAAGCUAUAGUGAUUUAUAUUCUGACAGCACUUAAAAUGUGUGUGUGUGUGUGUGUGUGUGUGUGUGUGUGUGUGUGUGUGUGUGUGUGUGUGUGUGUGUGUGUGUGUGUGUGUGUGUGUGUUUGUGUGUUUUCAGGGGUGGCCAAAAAUCUGCCGUAUAGUAGUAAGCCAUACAGACUGUAUAGUAAGCCAUACAGUAUGGUGGAUAACGGCACUUCUGCUUCGCUCUGCUGUUGGAUGUGCUUGUGCAGACCUUUUGAAAGCAUGGCUGUGCACAAAACACCAAAUGAAUUGAGAAGUGUUAGCCAACCUGUAGCCAAAAAGGAACCUUUUUUUGUUGUUGUUGAUGUUGUUCUAAAUACUUGAAGAGCUUACAGCGAAAGCAAAGGCACUUGAGCAUUUUUGAAUGCUAGCACUGUUAUAAUAGUGCAUUGCGUUGCUGUCAAUUUGAUGUGCGUGGAUAACCACUAGAAACUGUUUAAGAGCAGAGGCCAGUACUGUACAUACAGUAAUGUUACGUAAAUAAUAUACAUUUCACUGCCACGUGUAGACAAAGGUAUUGUGGUCAAAUCCAACCACCUAUCCUAUGCACAAUUCUGUAGACCUACUGUGUGGACCCGUCUGAGGUUUUUCUUCUUUAAACAAUACUAAUGAGGUCGAUAAAGGCCGCUCUUGAGAAGCUGGCCAAGGAGUAUUUGUUUUUCUUCUGUUGACAUUGAAAAAAGUCAACCCACUUCAAAUGAGCCCAGACUGACGGACUGCCAUGGCUGGAUUGGCCAUAAGGCAUACCGGGUAUUUGCCCGGUGGACUGUUGAUGAUUUUGGCCUGGACCUCCCCUCUAUGCAGUGGUGUCACAGUGGUGUAGUCUAUGUAGAACGCAGGUGUACGCAAUAUACCCACUUCUAAAUUUCAGGGAUUUCAGUAUACCCACUUAAAAUUGAUUGAUCUAUUAUUUAGAAUAGCACAAAUACUACAGUAUACCCACUUCAAAUAAUGCUCAAAUAUACAGUAUACCCACUACAAAAAAAGUAGACUACACCGCUGUGGUGUCGCUCCUCAUGCCGGUGCAGCUGACCUUUCUGACUCAGAUGUAAAUAUUCAUUUUGCCUGAUGUGAUCAAAAUAGCUUGUAAUAGAUGACUAAAAAUAUUGCCACGUGCUUCAUUGUUUCUCUCAAUGCCUGACGGACUGGUCUUGGCUGGAAAAAGCCCGGCCUGGUUUCUUUGUCCCAGACCAGUGCUGCGGGCUGCAACAGCUGCCAAGAGUAUUGUGCCGAAAUCAAAUGUGGGGAUAAGUAGGCACCGACGCACCUUAUUUAUAUAGUUGGGUCAAAGACGUUUUUUUUGGGCGUCAGGUGGCGCAAAGGUAUCUAAUGUCCAUAAAUUAGUGGUUGAUAUGCUUCAUGCUUCUUAGAUAGUCAACUAAAAAACAAAAACAAAAAUGGCGGCACAGCUCAAUCGAAGAGCAAAAAGUGGCGGUCGGGUCGCGCUGUGUCGAGCUGCAGGCCUAACAGAAAACCGGCAGUGGAAAAGAGCCAAUAGUGGCACUAGCUGUCCAUGUGCCGCCCUGACGUGUGCUACUGCUGAAACGUCACUGACAGAGCCGUAUAUUAAGAGAGUCUGGCCAACUAUGGGUUCCAACGUUCAAUAUAGUAGUUCGAUAGUUUGUUAGUUUGAUGGUCAAUGAAGCCUUAUUUGUAUUUUAAAUCGAGCGAUUUUGACGGUAUGCUGCCCAUAGGGUUACACUGUAGAAUCCUUGCCGUGGUGAGCGAAAAUGGCGUCCAUGAUUUGAGUUGGCCAGACUCUCUUAAUAUACGGCUCUGGACACUGACCCAGUUACAACAGGUCCAUGCGCUCUCUCUUACAGUUACAAUAGGUACAUGGGAUCUGACGUGGCUCACAGGGAAAUAGGGAUGCAAAAGUACUUGCUUUCGUUAUUACUCUUUGAGUCACCUCACAAUUUGCAGGGGCCAUUUGUAAUUCAGUGGUAAUAAUGUUAUCAAUGUAUGAUGAAAAAAAAACAUAUUCCUAUCGAGGAUGGAUAAUAAUGAAUACCAAUAUCAUCAUUACAUUAUGAAUUACAUUGCAUUUGGCAGACACUUUUUAACCAAAGCAUCUUACAAUCAAGGACAUAAUCAUAGCCAACAUCACUAGCAGAUACAAAGUGCAGAGUAAAUAUACUGAACAACAAAUUAAGUUGCUAGCUAAGUAGUGUAGAGUUUGUGUUUUUAAGUACAUUAGCACAGGGUUAAGUAGAGUACACACACACACACACACACACACACACACACACACACACACACACACACACACACACACACACACACACACACACACACACACACACACACACACACACACACACACACCAGGGCUUGACAUUACAUUUUUCACCCACUGGCCACUGUGGCUAGUGGUUUUCCCAAGUCACUAGCCAUUCAAGUAUUCCUCUAGCCACAGAUUUUAUAUUGUUUUUUUCUUUCUUUAUCAUGAUCAUGUACGCCUGACCGCAAAAGAUGAGGUGCUAAAGCAAGAUGAGUGUAUAGCUUUCCACAUGAAAGUAUAUCCAGCAAAUCACUGAGUCACUGAGCUUUUUCAUACAAACAAUUGAUACACAAGGGUAAAACAACAGCAUAAAGGCUACUAUGAUGCGUAGGCCUGUGUCAUACCAAAGAAUAAGUUGCCAGCAAAAUUGGCUAGUGACACGGAAAGUAUUGCCCGCCACAGCCAAGUUUUACCAGUAUUUGGCCGGUUGGCAGGUGCCAUUGUCAAGCCCUGUGUCACAUACUCAUUAUGCCAUAGAGUGCGUUACAAUAUGCGACCUUGCUUCCUCCACUUGUGCUUGUGGGCUUGCCCCGCCUCCUGGUCCCUCCUCCGUGGAGAAAACGAUAAGUUUCCCAGCUGUCAGCCUAGCCACAACAACUUUUCAUUCAUCAUCCCAAUUGCAAAUGAGAAGACUUUACAAUUAAGCUUUUGCAAGAUAUUGAAAUACAAUGCUGUUGUCAGUGAUGGCAUCAUGACAUAUUACUUCCUGGUACGAGGAGACAAGCACAAGUGGAGGAGGCAAGGUCGCAUAUUGUAACGCACUCAUAGAGUCUGGCUCGGGACUGGGUCAGCUCAAGCAUUAGUGUAGUUCAAUGACUCACUGUAGUAUCAUUAAUGUAGUUGUGAUAGUCACCUUUGGACUUAAGGAAGUCAUAAGACCUUCAAUGAGAUUGCUUAUCAGCAUAGCAGGUGAAAGGUCAAAGUGAGGGAGCACUGUCAGACGUUUUUGAGUGCCGUGGAGAGAAAAAAAUGAUUUGAUGUCGUUGAAACAUCUUUUUUGACUGGCCAGGCAGCUGAUAAAGCAGUAAAACUAGGCAGUUAGAGUUGUAUAUUUAUUUAUUUUUGUACAUACGUUGAUGACUUAAUGCAUUUCAGACACAUUCAGUAAUUCCAAAGGCACAUACAUUUCAUAAUUUGGUGUGAAUAUUCCCCUCCUGGGGAUCAAUUAAGUUACUAUACUCUAUUCCUUCAAUAUAUCUACCCCAGGGGAUGAACUGAUUGAAUGUUGGAGGGCAGAGGGCAAAGCUUGGCUAUCGUUUUGCUAUCAUGUGAGCACCAUUAGGGGGUGAUGCAAUAGCAUUGCUCUUGUUGUAAGUUGCAAUGGUUUGGGACACAAUGCUCACCACACACGUGAAGUGUUAGUGACUUGAGAGAAGAAACCAGUUCCAGUGCGCAAUGCAUCACAUUUGUUAAGCAGUGUGAUGUGUCCUGCAUCACCCAUGCACAAAUUACUUUUUAGGAAAGGAAGCCCACUUUAGAAAAAGAAUCUGAUGU